UACAGGGACUGCAAGAUAAACAUUACCAAAUAUUCUAAUGAAUCAGUUUAAACAAAUUUUCAGUUUAUUUCCACAUUAUGCCUCAUCAAAAUCAAUCGGUACUGCUACGUCGGGAUAUACAGGUAUGGACGGACUAUUUCGAAAUUCUUCUUGGUACCGUCAGCAAGGCAGUGAGAAAGACAACAAAUUAACGAAAUUUCUACAUUAUCAACAUAAUAAUGAAAACCAAGGCAAAGAAAACAAUAAACAGGAUAAAAAAUUUGCGAUGGAAGCAAUUAAAAAACAGAAUCUAGCAUCUCCCGAUCAAAAAAUAGGAAAUUCUAAUAAUUCACAGGAAAAUAAGGAUGAUGAAAAAGGGCUUGUUAAUGAUAACGUCAAAAAGAAAACUAAUGAACCUAAAUUAAUCUCGGAAUUUCGCUCUUAUACGCAAAUGAUAUCCGAUUACUGUAAAGACAUUGAAAAGAAACAGCCAAAGAAAGAUAAAGGAGUGACUGACAUACGUAGGAGUGCACUUUUUAAAUUGCCCUUUUAUUCAGUUAUCUCGACAUUUUCAAAAUUUGAUCGAAUGAAGUUCAACGAAGCCAAAUGUAGUUCAUCGAAUAAUUUACAGAACCUUCAAGAUGAUUUCCCUAAGAAAUCUAAUUUACCAAUCCACAAUAUUUUAAGUAAGGAGAUAAUAAAUGAAUUGCGUAUAUUUAAGAAGAAUUUACAGCCACGUGGAUACUUCACGAAGAGAAAGAGAAGAAUGUUAAAAUCUGACGAGCAAAGUAGAAUAUUGAUGAAAAAUAUAAUUGAAGCACGUAAAAAGCAUUUGAAAAUUAAACUUUACUUGAUAAUGAUGAAGGACUUAGAAAAUAGUUACGAUUUCAUCUUUGGCGAAAAUAAACUCCACCAUAGAAAUAAUAAUUUACUCUCUGACUCUGAAAAUGUAGAUGAUAAAAGUAAUUCUAUGAGCUUUAAAGGUGAUGAUAAGCAAACGUUGAAAUCGAUAAGCAAACAAAUAAAAGAUCUAAAUAUUUUUAAAUCGAAAGAUAAAAUAGACGUCGAAAUACCAAUUAGUAUUUCAUCUGAAAAUAACAAAAAUAUCAAUACAAAAUCAUCGAAAUCGGUGGUGAAAUUGGAAAUUUCGGCUACAUUAGAAGAAAGGCCGUAUACAAAUGAUACGCAUGUUAACAAAAAAAUACGAAUUACGGAUAAGCCAGAAUCAUCCGCUAAUCAGCUUAAUCAUCGAUAUAAAAAAUCAAUCCAAUCAAAUAAAGCAUAUUUCCGAAAUAGCAAAGGUCUACCUUGGUGGACGAGCAGUGAUUCUACUAUUCGGGAUGAAGAAAAAUCUGAGGAAAAGAAAUCUAGUGUCGUGAUUAGCGAACAAACAGAAUUAGACGUAGUUUUGCCAAAGAAAAACAAAGAGAAAUAUAAUGAUUCGAUAGAUAAUACCAAACUUAAAAGAUUAUCGGAUUCUUUCAAGCCAAUUGAAAAGAGGGAAGACGGAGUUUUGAUUGAUUACGGCGUAAAGGUGACAACGCGAAAACCGAAACAGAAGCCGUCGGAAAAAUUGCAUACUAUACCUGUCAUAAUUGACAACAGUAUUCCUGAGAAAACUAUUCUCAUGUCGCCAGAAUAUAUGGAACAGCUGCAACACAAUAUUUCCGAGAAACAUUACAAUACUUCAUUACCAAUGUUUCCCACACAUCAGAAGAAAUUUAAUUUUCUAGUCGUUUUAACGAAUAAUAACAAUCUGCCUUUCGGUAGAAAAUCCAAACUCGAAUGGAUUCAUAAUCGCUUAACGGAUCGUUUAAAAUAA